AUGUCGAAAACCUCAGAACAAGCCUCUAUCCCACCAAACUUCACCAUAAGAACCACCCGCCUCCAAAUAAACCCCUUCAACCCCACCGACAAAAUCCACUGCAAUUUCCUAGUCCAGCUCUGGAACACAGAAGACUUCGUCAAAGCCUGCGGCAAGACUUCAAUAGACACCCCAGAAAAAGCAUCCACAUUUCUCCAACGCCGCGUCUUACCAGCUUACGCCCGCAAUGGCUACGGCAUGUUCCUCGUUUCGCGCACAAGCGAAGACAAUACACAAAUUCCUAUUGGAACGGUCUCCCUUAUGAAAGGCGCACCACCAGACCUGCAUUAUCUCGCACCGGAUGUUGGUUACGUUAUUUUGCCUGAGGAAAGUGGGAAGGGGUAUGCGACUGAGGCUGCGAAGGGGUUGAUCGAGUAUGCGCGUGCGGAGCUUGGGGUUGAUGCUGUUUUUGGGUUCUGUGCUGCGGAUGAUAGGCGGAGUUGUAGAGUUUUGGAGAAGAUUGGGCUUGAGAAUAGGGGGGUUAAGGCGUUGAGUGUUUUUGGGGGGAAAGAGAGUGCUGUUUUUGCUUUGGUUGGGAUGAGUGUAGAUUUGGGGGUUUAUGGACUUGAUGAAUGA